GGAUUUGGAGUAGGUUAGGUUAUCUUCGUAUACACUAAUCAGCUGUGCCAAGUUCGAACUGAAAAUUCGCGAAUAAUCCGUUAAAGGAUUUUGUUUUCGCAAUCUUGCUCGAUGUUCGUUUUAUAUCUCUAUUAAAUUAAAUAGUUGUUACACGGUUUCAAUUCUAAUUGUGCAAAAGUAUUUGUAAACAGAGGUAGUGUACUUGUUAAUACGUAAAAUGAGCGAGGUUCAGGAAAACGAGAACGAUAAAGUGGAACCAAGUGUCGUUUUGGAAGCCCAGGAUAUCGAGGAAAGUGAAAUAGAAAAAUUGAAAGGAGAUACCGUGGGAAGUACCCUUUACAGUGGUAAAUGGAUAAUCAAUGUUUUGCUUUCAAUAUCAAAGAUUCCUGAAAAUGGCUGGAAUGAAAAACUGGAAGCCGAUCUGUGUACCCUGUGGGAUAUAACUACUGACAAAGAUGUUGUUCAAUUUCUUCUGGACAAUGAUUUUUAUAAAAUUGCAGAAUUUUCAUUGAAAUCUUCUGAAGAGCCAAGAUUAACGGAAAUGAUUUUGGGAAUAAUUGGAAAUAUGACUUGUGAACCUUCUGCACUCGAUACAUUAGGAACAAAAGAAGAACUCCUUGAAACAAUUCUUCGGCAUCUGUUCUCCGAAGACAGUGCCACAUUGGUACAAAUUCUUCGGUUGUUACGUUCCGCACUUUGGAGCAUUCAAAACAAUUCAGAUUCGCAAUGGAGAGUGAAUUUAAGAAAUUCAACCUACUUGAGAGAAGUAAUUCCCUUUAUCUUAAAAAGUUCUACAAAUGAGGAGCUCCUAAUUGCAACAACAAGCUUUCUACGUUCUUUGGCAGAAAUUGAUCUUCCGAAUGGAAAGACAUUAUUAGAUGAACUAUUUGAGUCAUCUAGUUUUCUUCCAGGCAUGUUAGAAUCAUUUGAAGAAGUUCUUCCUCAAGACGAAGCUUCCUAUUCCGCUCCCACCUUAAAGUAUCUUGAAGAUUGGUUAGAGUUGUUUUCCAAUCUACGAAAAGGACCCCAAAUUCAUCAAGAAAUUUUGCAAGAUGACAAUCUUACACGAACGAUAGAAAUUGCACGAAGAAUCUUAUCAAAUUUUAUAGAUCCAUGGAAUCUGUUUCCCCUAGAUGAGACUAAGGCCUCUUGUGUCCACAGAUGUGCAGAAAUGAUUCUCGAUUUUCGAUGGAAAGGAUUUUUAAGAGCAGAGUCUGCAGAUGAUAUAGAUGAUACAAUUCUUAGAAUUAUUUUUAGCAUUAACACAGUAAUGAAAGAGGAAAGCGAAGAUUCUGAGGAAACGAUGGAAGAACUGUUGAAGUAUCUUGAGAGCUAUUGGGUCGAAGUAGCAAAGGUUGCCACCACGGAUGAGAUUAUAAAAAUCUUGAAAACAAAUGACAAACCAGUUGUAGAUUAUGCAAUAAAUGUAUUAAAAUCAAAAAUUCCUGGAGAGAAAUUUAACAGUGUUGCAGUUGGAUUAUCGGACAAAUGAGAGUAACAUCCGUAAUAGAUUAAUUUUUCAAUUACGUAAGCAACAAGUGUUUCGUAUUAUCUUCAGGGAUAAGGACAAGAACAAAUUCUCAAAUCAUUUCAGAACAUUCAACAUCUUUUUUUAUCUUUACAAGCAAAAUACUCUUUUUCUUCAUUAUACACAAAUCUUGGAAUAUGUUACAAAUAACACCACAUUUUAUACGA